AUGAGCGCAGCUGGGGGCACUGCAGUAGUGCCCAAGUCCCCAACCCUGCGCCUAAGCUGGUCUAUGUGCCAGCGCCACAAACGUCCGUCUUCGAGCGCCACCUGGUGCCUCUUGAUGCACACGGAAGUCAAGUUCAUCACCGGUCCCCAUCAACAUCCGUGCAGUGUGAUGUUCUCUUACGGCAUCGGAGUGUUUUUCAUCUCAUUCCUGGCCAGCUUCAUUGCUAUCCUGUUGGUUUUUCUGCAGGUUUUGCUUCUCCAAGCCAGAGCGCUGUACAAGAGGUUUCUGAAUUCAACCGGCUACGUGGGCGAUCAGGAGUGGGCGAUGAUUAAGAUGGUAGAGCAAAGAGUGUUUUUGUACCCCAUGAUAUUUUUUUGCUGCUGGGGUCCAGCCUUUAUCCUUGGAAUCUUCAGACUGACAUCUUUGGAGCACACCAGGCCGUACAUGGGAUUUUGUGUUUUAGAGGCCCUGACAGCGUCAUCCCAGGGCCUCCUGAACUGCGCUGUUUACUGCUGGACCCAGCAUACGUUCCGCUGCAUGAAGCGCAGGGCCUGCCAAGACGGCGAGACCCAGACGCCGCUCCUGCGGUCCCAGAAGAGGUUCUACGAAAGCACGCUGCCCGCUGCUGGACGCCAGGUGGAGGCCAAGUCCGCUGCGGGCUCCACGGCGCUGUGAGCAAGGGAGCUUUUGGAGUCCCUCUGGCUGAGCACCCGAAACUCUCUCCUCCCACUCCUUUGGCACCCUCCUCACUGCCACGUAUUGCCAGAGGGGAAGGUGGGCAGCCCAGCCACCUUGGCCCACCAGGCUCCCCACCUGAUCCCACCCAUGCCCUGCCAAGGUAAAGAGACCUUAUCCAGUCCAGCGCCCUGUAACCUAUCAGGUGGGAGGGAACGGCCAAUAACUUUGGCAUUCAAAAAAGGACUGGUCUACACAAGGAGCAAGACUGCGAUGGGCCAGCGGCGGCAGCAACGGCAACCUCUCCCCAAUGAGCCUUUUGGUGGAGCAGGAAAACUGAGGCUUCGUCAUGGGACCUGGAUGGUGUGUUUGACAACCCUUACUUAUAUGGGCGAGGGGGAGCCUCUUUUAAUUCUGCAGCCGUUCCUGUACAGGAGAUUAUUCCAGGACUGUGUUGGAAUCUGGAUGUGUGUGAUAAUAGGCUGCUGUGGGGCCGACCUUUUCUUCCUCAGAGCUGCUUGUUUUUGUCGUUUUCCACUCAACAGUAAAGACAAAAGGGAACAUGUGG